GGCUAGACAAGACGGGGGCAGUUAGGGCAGUUAUGGACGGGUGGGACGACGCGCGGCGUUGCCCCUGGCAACAGCCCUCUGAUGUCACGCCGAGGUCUCCGCCACGGCAACCAGCCCACCAAAACCAACACACACCUCUUCCCUGCUUGCUCUGGCAAGGAUCUGCAGGUGAAGAGGGUGGACCAAAGGCCAGCUGUACUGCUGCUGCUUGGACCCACAUUUGAUGAUAUUUGGCUUCAGGCCAGCAGACUCACCUGGCCAGCAAAGUGCAGACAGUGGAAGCCCAGCCUGUGCCAGCCUUUGCAAUGAAAGACACCGCUCACGACGCUGGUGGCACAGCCCCAACUUCCAGCACCCUGCACGAUGACAUCAACGAGCUGUGCGUGCGGAUCAUGCGGCUCUGCCUUAACACCAAGCAGGAGCAGUGGGUGAUGCCGCGUGCAGUGAUGCCCUUCUCUGAGCUACCAGCAGCUACCAAAGUCUCCGAGCUCUGCAGAUUUGGCCAGAUAGGCUGGGCAAUCUUGGCAGGAAGCAGUGAAGAGAAGCAGAGGACUGCUGCUUGGGAAGAUGCCACGGCAAAACCAAAUGCCAACAGCAGACGUAACAUCCUGGGUCACGUCCUAGAAAGUCCAGAGGGAAAAGAGAGCUCAAAAGAAAAAUGCUAUUUAAAGAGACAUUCUGUAAACAAAAAAGCAGACUGGCCAACAGGACAUAUCAGACAACGUCCACGUCCACCUCUGGACAAGAAGCGUAAGUACUGCAGCGAGAGACUGCAGAAUAGUGGCAACCAAACUGAGAACUUCACAGGCAAACGGCAGGAUGAAUUCGUACCAGCGGCCAAGAAGAUGCGCAGAGACUUACCAGUUCUACCGGCACCUCUGCACACAAAAGGCCUUUCAUCUACCAACACAAACGGGAAUGGGAAGAUGCAGGCUCAGCCAAGCAGCGCUCCAGCCCCAACUUUGGCUGCCCAGCAGCACAAAACUCAAGAAAGCUGCAAGACAGACAGCCCAAACACAGGCAAACAAAAGUUCCAACCUGAACCUGUGCUGCAAAAACAGGCUGAGGGCCAGAAACCAUCAGGCAAACGUAAAUGUAAAACAAAACAUCUGGAUGUGCAGGGAAGAAAAAGAUCAUUCUUUGCAAUGGACGACCCAUUUGACAUAGAAGAUUCUCAAGAUAUGGUCGCACUGCCAAAAAAAAUGAUGAAGCAAGCGGAGCCCACUCUGCACUGUGGCUCCUUGCCCAUCAGAUCCUAACAGCAGAACCUGCACAAGCAGCUGCAGCAGCCCCCCUUGCUGCCAACCAUCCAGCCUGCCGUGCACAGCCCCUGCCACAACAUGGCACCUGAGGCCCACUCCAUCUGACAAGAAUGCGGGACCUCAGGCUUCUCAAUUGCCCUCUUAUAUUAUGGACCUUCAAGUGUUUAACCCUGACGGACUUUGCAGGGCUCCUCAUUUCACUGCAACCAUCUACACCAGGACCCCCCCUUUGCCAACUUUCUGGGGACUGCUGCAUGCCAUUUAAGGGCUUUUAGAUGUUAAUGUUAAUAGUUUUAUGUUGUUUUGUUUUUGUAAUGUUUGUAUUAGAAAGUUACUUCAUUAGGCAUUAGGUUUUCCAUUGAAAUUGUUUCUGUGAAUAAAAGACACUGUUAUGUAUGAAAAUAUCUUUCCUUUAGAUAAGAAAGCUGAAUGCUGGUUGAAUGGAUUCUCUCUUUCCAGUCUGUUUUUACAAAAUUCUUCCGUUUCAUUAAAUGCACACAGGAUCUAGUAAAAGUCUGUUUUUACUUGCAAUUUCUUUCCUGCUUUAGGGAACACAUCUGCACAUGGGCUUUGUUUCAUGCAAAGGUUACACAGAGGUUACACAGAACGUACUUGUUGUACAUGAUGGAAACAAAGACACGGGGUUUGUGUGGGAGAUAGAUAGGAGUUGGUGAGAUACUUGGUUAUCUUACUGUUGUUGUACUCAAUACAAUGAUUAAAAAUAAGAUUGCUGGAACAGAUGAUUUCAGUGAUCUUUUCCAUGAUU